UUAUCGCCUCUUUUUCCUGACUCUCUAAGCAUAAAAGUGAAAUGAAGAAUUACGUUUACGUGAUCCUACUUUUGAUGUGCGGGCUAGCUCAUUUUACUACGCAAGUACGAGGUUACUGCCAUUGGGGAGGCCAAAUGUUAGAACUGGGUUCGCAUACAAUUUAUCCAUGCAGGCGUUUAGAGUGUAAAGAGAAUGAUAUAAUAAAAAUUGUCGGAUGUCCAAGAUUAACUUGCCCCCCUGAUUCAACAUUGUAUGUUACGCCCAGGGACGACAAAAAAGAAUUUCCAGACUGCUGUCAAAAACCUCUUUGUGUUCGCCGUAGUUCUCCCAUAUUUCCUGAAGACAAAAAAUAAUAUAGUAUUUAAGUGUAACAGGACGAUUUCUAUGUGAAAUUACUUUUAUAAAAUAAAUAUUAUGUAUUCCGGUUUUAUCAAAA